AUGGAAACAGCAAAACUGCCAAACUUUAAUCGCGGUGGUACUACAGAAUCAUCGGAAUUUACUCCAGUAAAACCUAGAUUGGGAAGAUUUUUAGAUAUCUAUUCGCCAGAACAUCUUAAUCUGACACCAAAACCUCAUCCAAGACUCGUUUUUAACCAAUUAACAAAUGACAACCAAAAUAAAUUACUUACCCCUGAAACACAUCUUGACAUCAAUAACAAGUGCAGGACCGUCAAGGCACAGCAAAAAUUUAACAAUGUUUGGAGCAAUUGCUCUUUUGAGGGUAACCAAAGUUUCCCACGGUUGAGCCGGAGAGUGAGACCCAUUAAGAUGGAUCUUGAAACACCUACCAAAUUGAAGCCAUCUGUGGACUUAGUCAGAGUUGAUGGACCAAAUGGACUGCGUUUCAACACUUCACUGGCAGCUGGAGAAGUGACGGGCUCACCAGCUACAUCUCAAACUGACCGUCUACAACAAUACAUCAAUCCCAGCAAAGCUGUGUUCACUAUUGAACCUAAUACUUCUAAAAUCCUCAUAGUAAACAAUAAAGCAUGUUCCCUACUCGGCUAUUCAUCUGGAGAACUGUGUGGAAUGCGCUUUUCAGAUCUUUUAAGGAAGAGGAGCAGUAAAACUUUUAGUUUACAUGAAGCCGAAGAAGCUGAUAUUUCUGAAGAUGGCACCAUUAUUGUAUUAAGUGGAAAGGUAGUGGAACUUCUAUCCAAAGAUGGUGGGACAGUGCAAGUGUCCCUCUGGAUAAGGCAGUUGGACAAUGACGGGCCAUGCUUAGUUGUUGCUGAACCAGUUAUAUGCAAGAAUGUUGUGUUAACAAUAGAUGCAGAAUCCGGUAUAAUUUUAUCCUGUGACGGCGACGACGCACCUAUGUUGUUUCAAGCGGAGUGCCCAGAGAAAUUAAUUGGUCUGCCGGUGGCUUCCCUCAUACCAUCGAUACAAAUACCGGCUCAUGAUGCACCAUUGGCCAAGAAUAUUUCUAAACAAAAAGCUACUGGGAGAACACUAGAUGGUGGAUCUUUUCCACUUUGCCUUUGGAUAUCUAAACCUAAUAGUGUGGAUUCAAAGACAUGGUCUUCAAUGAAGACUACCAAGGAAAAGCCUGUAUUUAUAGUCAACGUCAGAGUAACACACAAUGUUAGUGGCCUUUUAGUAGUUGAUGAGAGCGGUGUCAUAACAGCCUGCAACCAACACUUUGCUAUGUUGACAUUCGGCAAACCAAACUCUGAAGUGAUAGGACACCACAUUGAAGAAGUUAUACAGAAUUUCUGUAGAGAAUCCGAUAUGGUGAAAAUGGAGAACCGUAAUAGGGAUAUGACGCUGUCCGUUAACAAUGAGGAUGAAGAUUCAGCAUCAGAUACAGACGAAGACUCGUGCGGAGCGUUCAACGGCAGUCAAAAGUCGGCCUGUACGUCUCUGAACGUGCAGCCCUCUAUGCUGUCUACCCGCGAGAAAUCGUCCAGUGCGCUUUGCCUUGACAAGUCCUAUAGCCUCGUGACCCACACGCCCACGCCCACACAGGACAUGGUCUCCAGCCUGGACGUGUCCGCCCUACCAGAUGUCACUUCAGCCAUGUCCGGAAUAUCUAUAGAGGAUGAAAAUUAUUGUCAAAGCAGCAUAUCGAAAUCUCGAUCUGAAAAUAUAUUAAGAUCUGAGCAAAGUAAUGUGAAAGCGACGCCGUCGAAACAAGUGGAGAAGUCCGAUUCGAUUUAUUACACGUCACAGCACUCGCAAGAGGUAACGCCUACGGGCAGCUCGUCCCGAGUGAGAUUGAAUGAUCCAUCGCUGAGAUUGUCGUUUGAUUCCAGCAAAUAUAAGAUGAAAGUUAAUAAUGUACAGAAUAAGGAAGAUAGAUCAAGUAUUUCGUUGGAUUUUUGUGACUCAAAUGAGACUAGUGCAGAUUUCUUAACGCCGAUCAAUGAAAUGCCUCCGCCUGGCUGUGAAAUAGAGGAUCUGCCCAAACAUAACGGUAAUGAUGAGAGCAUUGAGAGUUUAAGCAAUGACAAUGAUUUGGAAACGCAAACCGAAUCGGCUCCGAGGAAGAAAUAUGAUGACGAGCCGCCGGAGACGCCGUGCGCGGUGCGGCGCGUGCGCGCGCACAUCACGACGUCGACGCCGCAGCGCGCGCCGCCCGACGCGGACGCGCGCCGCGACGGCACCUACCGCGGCCUCGUGCUGCACAAGGACGGCACCACGCUUAACGUGGUGUACACGGUGUCGAGCAUGCAGCUGGCGCGCGGGCGCGUGCGCUGCGUGUGGCUGGGCGUGCGCGACGAGCCCGCGCACAAGCACACCACGCUCGCCUCCAGCCUCGCCUCCACAGAGGACAACUCGCUCGUUAUGGGUAACAAAUCAGCGAGUAGCAGACCACAGUCUAUGUCUCUGUUGAGUCAAUGCGGAGAAGAACAGAUAACUGGAGAAUAUAACAAGCAUUACGUCACAUUAAAACAAAUAGGCAAAGGCGCGUACGGGUGCGUGAAGAUGGCGUACCGUCGCUCGGACCGGCUGCUGUGCGUGGCCAAGUUCAUCGUCAAGGAGAAGGUGGGCGCGCUGUUCUGGAGCGACGCGCCCGACGGCCGCCGCGUGCCGCUCGAGCUCAGCCUGCUCAUGACACUCGAUCAUCCUAACAUUGUGAGCGUGAUCGACGUGUUCGAGAACGAGAAAUACUUCCAGAUGGUGAUGGAGAAGCACGGCGCCGGCAUGGACCUGUUUGAGUUCAUCGAGCGCCGCCCGCGCCUCGACGAGCCGCUGCUCAGCCAUAUAUUUAGACAGAUAGGUCAUGCAGUGGAAUAUCUACACUCUCUCAACAUCUUGCAUCGCGACAUAAAAGACGAGAAUGUGAUAAUAGAUAAUAAAUUCCACGUGAAACUUAUCGAUUUCGGUUCAGCCACGUUCAUGAGUAAGGACACACUCUUCUCCACAUUCUAUGGCACCACAGAAUACUGCAGUCCAGAGGUUCUAGCUGGAAAUAAAUACGCCGGGCCCGAGCUGGAGAUGUGGUCGAUGGGUAUAACGCUUUACGUGCUCACGUUCUUCGUGAACCCCUUCUCCGACAUCGAGGACACCAUACAGGGCCCGCUCACCUUCCCACAGGUGGUGUCUGAUGACCUGGAGCACCUGCUGCGCUGGAUGCUGUGCAAGGAGCCGGCGCAGCGCUGCACGGUGGCGCAGCUGAUGGAGCACGCGUGGCUGCGCCAGCCCGUCGCGCUCGCCGGGUACGCCUUCCAGGACGUGGUGGACUGCGAUCGGCAUGAGGCGAACCCGGAGAUGUACUACAGCGGCAGUUUGGGCUCUCCUAGAAGCGCUUCGCCCGUGUCCCUCGCAGAUCCUAUAGCCAAAGAACGUUCCAACCCAUCGGAGGUGGUGGCCCGGUCGGGGGAGCGGCCCGCGCGCGACGACGUGAAGCGCGGCUCCGUGGCGCUGCACGCGCUGUCCGAGCGCGACCGCGACCGCGACGCCCACUCCGACAACUACAGCCUGCGCUCCUCCGCCGAUAUCCUCGACAUAUCGUCGAAGCCCGUUUCGGACGCGCUCACCGAUAUCAGCUCGGACGCGACCGGCCACGCCGCCUGCGACAUCGACUACGACUGCGACCAGUACGAGUGCGACAGCUGGGACGAGUGCGAGCAGGACAGCUUCUCU